GUCACCAAUUGUUAAAUCAGUAGAAAAAUGGGCGUCGUUUAAAAUGAAAGCGUUUCCACCCGAAACCGAUCACAAAUUUUAUGAGCUGCAAGCCAUGUGUCAGUUUAUAUAAUCUCUGCCAACCGCCCAGAAUAAUAAUAAUCUCCGGCAUUGACUGACAUUGACUUUUACAUUUCUCAAAAUGGCGCUCUUUUGCGCACUGUCUUUGAUAUUAGUAUAUGUCCAUAAUGCUUAUUCCUUUUACGGUGUUGGACCGCAGACCUUGGUGGGUUAUUUGGUGAAAGUCGGACAGGAUCCCAGUACAUUCGUCCCCGUCCCGAAUCCCAAUUAUGGACCGGGUACAUACAGUGCCGUUUCCUCGUAUCUCAACAGUCCCAAACCGUAUCCGCCCAUUGCCGCUUACUAUAAACCGCCGGUGAUUGUCCCCCGUCCGCCGUACCUCCCCGGGUAUGGGAUGACCGUCCCGGAGGUCAUGCAGCCCAUUUCCGGCGCCGCUCCGGGUGCCAGUUCGAAUAUAUCCCCAGCGGAAGCCGCCGCCCAGGCUGCAGCUGCCGGUGCCCCACCGGCAUCGCAAGUCGCUGCCGGAGAAGCCGCCGCCAUCGAGAACGGCGUGCCGGCGUCCGUGGCUGCGGAGGUAGGCAGCGAAAUUUCCGCCGGUGUCCCUGCCGGUCAGGCCGUGGCCAACGUUGCCGAAGCCCAGGGCGCACCACCCGCAGUGGCGGAGCAGAUCGGAGCGGAAGUGGCGGCGGGUGUUCCGCCCACUCAAGCCAUUGAAAACGUUGCCGGACCGGCGGGACUCGCUGCCGCUAUGGCUACCGCCCCGGCCAGCGCAUCCAUCGGAUCGACGGGAGGAUAUUAUUCGGGAGGUUAUUCGUCGGGUUACGGCUCCGUUGCACCGGCCGCCGCCAUCUCGGGCGACACGUCAUCGGCCGCAGCCGCGGAGCAGGUUGCAGCGGAAGGUGGAUCAGAAGCACAGCAAAUUGCUGCUGGAGAACAAGCUGCGGUUAACAGUGGAGUGCCGGCGUCCAUUGCAUCCGAAAUCGGAACAGCGAUUGCAUCCGGUGCACCACCGGCCGAAGCGAUCGCCGGAGUAGCCGCGGCCAAUGGGGCACCGCCCUCGGUGGCGGCUCAAAUUGGAACGGAAGUUGCCGCAGGAGUGCCAGCUGGACAGGCCGUGGCCAAUGCGGUAUCCGGCACGCCAACACCGGCUGCCGUGUCUGUGGCGGCUUAUACCUAUCCGAAAACCUUAACACGGACCCUGUUGACCUCUGUUGCCAGUGCAGUCAAAAGACGUUUCCGCGGUUCCCGGCGCAAAGGUAACCUACCCCUGAUAGCCUCCCCCUCCUCGUCAUACUACGGCUCCGCACCGGCAGCGAUUUCCGGCGCGGGCACCUCAUCGGCAGCAGCCGCGGAGCAGGUAGCAGCGGGAGGUGGAUCUCAAGCACAACAAAUCGCCGCCGGAGAGCAAGCGGCUGUUAACAGUGGAGUCCCGGCAUCCGUGGCAUCGGAGAUCGGCACCGCCAUUGCAUCCGGAGCGCCACCUGCCGAAGCCAUUGCUGGCGUGGCUGCAGCGAACGGCGCACCUCCCGCGGUAGCGGCGCAGAUCGGAACAGAAGUAGCCGCUGGUGUCCCGGCUGGGCAGGCGGUUGCCAACGCGGUUGCCGGUACACCGACACCGGCUGCCGUUUCCGUGGCCUCCUACGCGUAUCCCAAGACACUGACCCGCAGUAUGCUGACCUCGGUGGUCAACGCGGUGCGAACGCGAUUCCGUGGUAGCCGACAGAAGAAACGUACUGGUAACCGGCAGUCUAUCCUCGGUACCUCGUCGUACUAUGGCGCCGCCGCCGCACCCGUCUCGUCAGGGCAAACGUCAUCAGCGGAAGCUGCCGCCCAGGUAGCAGCGGAAGGUGGAUCGCAAGCACAACAGAUCGCCGCCGGAGAACAGGCAGCGGUUAAUAGCGGAGUGCCGGCUUCGGUCGCUUCGGAAAUCGGUACCGCCAUUGCUUCCGGUGCCCCGCCCGCCGAGGCCAUCGCUGGGGUAGCCGCGGCCAACGGUGCACCCCCCGCGGUGGCAGCACAGAUCGGAACGGAAGUGGCAGCCGGCGUUCCGGCCGGACAAGCAGUAGCCAACGCAGUUUCCGGCACACCGACGCCCGCCGCAGUUUCCGUAGCGUCUUAUACAUAUCCCAAGACGCUAACCCGUGCCAUGCUGACGUCAGUAGUGAAUGCGGUCAAAACACGUUUCGGUCGUCGUCGAACGCAGAAAAAGGGCAACCGCCAGGCGACGCUGCUGGCGUCCGGUUCAACCGGGUAUUACGGAGGCAGUGCCGCACCGGCCAACACAAUGACCUCCUCGGCCGCAGCCGCCGCCCAGGUAGCAGCGGAAGGGGGAUCUCAAGCACAGCAGAUUGCUGCAGGAGAACAAGCCGCUGUUAACAGCGGAGUCCCGGCAUCCGUCGCAUCGGAGAUCGGCACGGCUAUCGCCUCCGGCGCACCACCGGCCGAAGCCAUUGCCGGUGUGGCUGCCGCGAACGGCGCUCCUCCCGCGGUGGCGGCGCAGAUCGGAACGGAAGUGGCUGCUGGUGUCCCGGCCGGCCAAGCGGUGGCCAACGCGGUGUCCGGCACACCGACGCCGGCUGCGGUGUCCGUUGCGGCAUACAGCUAUCCUAAGACCAUCACCCGCGGCAUGGCCCUUGCCGUGGCCAACGAAGUCAAACGACGGUUCAGCCGGCGGGGACGCAACCGACAGACGAUCGCCGCACAGUCCGUUGGCCUGAAUUCUUACUACACAGCCGGGUCGGCACCGGCCGCAGGAGUGCCGCCAGCCAAUGUCGUGGACGCGGAGACGGAGGCGGCCAUUGAGUCAGGCGUGCCGGUCGGUGUCGCUGAGGAGAUCGGCUCGGAGGUGGCAGCGGGCGUGCCGCCGGGUCAAGCCAUCGCCAACGUGGCGGCGGGGACCGGGGUGUGCCGUCUUCUGUGGGAAUCGGGGCGAUUGCGUCGUACUACAGUCCCGGUGGUUCGGUUAUCCCCACGCCGUCACCCAUUGAGGUCAUCGAGGAGGAGGAAGGCAAUCAUGGUGGAUUAACGCCGGAUGGAUAUUACCAGCCGCCGGCCAGUUCCGGAGGGCUGCCGCCCGCUGUGCAGGAGACCGUGGAUGAGGUGGAAGCCAUGAAUGGUGGAUCAUCAUACGGCUCGGUGGCGCCAACUCCGGCUUCCAACAUACCGGCCGCGGUGGUGGCAGCCAUUGAACAAGCGGCUAAGAGCGGGACAAGAAUAACGAAGCACAAAGUUAGUUUGUUCCCCAGAUUUCCCAUUCGUGGUCGAGCGUUGUAAAAAUAUUUUAUUCGUCCAAUGAUGCCAAAGCACAAAAGUUUUCUGUAAUAACAAAUAAAAUUAUGUAUAUCA